CUCUGUCCAAAGUUCAAUUUCUCCCGCUCUCUGUAUGUCUGCUGAGAGCUCUCCAGAUCGCCAUGGAAGCGGUGGAGCUCUAGUUAGAGAUCUUCAAUGAAAUUGAUUUUUGAUCUACUGUAAUUGACCGCUGGUGUUCAAAGCAGUAAGAAAUGAGUACGGAAAACGUUGCUUUUGAAGUUGAAGAGUGCUCUGUCCGGAUCACGAGGGCACGGGCAAAAGAGCUUAGCGAAUCAGGAGGCAUUCUAUGCUCCUCAAAAUCUUCUCGAGUUCAGAAGCCACUUCUACGAGCUAACUCAAAAAGAAUGGCAUCUGAUGAUAUUAAGAUUUGUUCAAUCUCUUCCAAUGGCCUUCCUAUUAAAAGAAGAGCAGUGCUCAAGGAUGUGACUAACAUUUCCACCAAAGGGUCUGAUAAGAAUUGCGGCAAUGCUUCUAAUGUUCGGGGUGCCAAACCAACUAGAAGAGUUUCUGCGAAGGCUAAGGAAAAUGCACCUUUAAAUGUUUCUGUAGGAGCAGAAGAAGAUGCAAACACAAGAUUAGCAGAGGAUUUGUCUAAAGUAAGGGUGGUAGAAUCACAAGAGGUCUCUUCACGAGAAACUUCAGACAAAAAAGAGAGAACAGUGCAAGCCAUGUGUCCCAAUAGCAGAGACUGUGGAGUUUCAGAUAUUACUCUCUCUGAAUCUUCAGAUGAAUCUGUCCCUCAGCCAAACGAAAAAAAUAUGGCACCUGAACAAUCGGCAGCAUCUAAGGAUAGAGGCAUUAUAAACAUUGAUUCGGACUCCAAAUGUCUUCAAUCAUGCAGCAUAUAUGCUCCAGACAUAUAUGACAGGAUACGUGUGGCGGAGCUUGAUCAAAGGACCUCAACAAACUAUAUGGAACAGUUGCAGCAAGAUAUCACUGAAAAAAUGCGAGGAAUACUGGUUGAUUGGAUUGUAGAGGUCUCUGAAGAAUAUAAGCUGGUUCCAGAUACGCUCUAUCUCACUGUGAAUAUUAUUGAUCGGUUUCUCUCGCAAAAUCAUAUGGAGAAAAAACGUCUGCAACUUUUAGGUGUUGCAUGUAUGCUAAUUGCAUCGAAAUAUGAGGAGAUCUGUGCACCGAGAGUGGAAGAUUUCUGCUUCAUUACUGAUAAUACUUACACAAAAGGAGAGGUAGUAGAAAUGGAGAGUGAAGUUCUGAAUCAACUGCACUUUCGUCUAUCUGUUCCCACUACAAAGACAUUUCUAAGGAGAUUCAUACAAUCAGCUCAUGCUUCUUACAAGGAUCCUUGCACUGAACUUGAGUUUUUGGCCAAUUAUUUAGCUGAGUUGAGUCUUGUUGAAUACAGCUUCUUAAAGUUCCUUCCUUCUCUGAUAGCCGCAUCAGCCGUAUUUCUUGCGAGAUGGACACUUGACCAAUCAGAUCAUCCCUGGAAUCCAACUCUAGAGCACUAUACAUGUUACAACGCUUCUGAGCUGAAAACUGUAGUGCUUGCCCUCCAAGACUUGCAACUUAACACCAGUGGUUCCUCGCUAAAUGCCAUACGUGAGAAGUAUAAACAACCCAAGUUCAAAUGCGUAGCGAAACUAACAUCUACUCGAUCGGUUCUAUCACUAUUCUGAAGAACAAGAAUGAUCAUUUUCUUGCCAAAACACUACAGGAGGAUGUCUUAUCUUUUGAGUUGAUCUGCCAUUCUCCUUCUAACCUCCCCCAACUGUGAUGGAGCUAAAAGAACACAGCACAUCCUUUUUGAACUCAAUGACUUGGAAUGUGGAACUACACUUCCUCUGCACUCUCUCUGGUAUCUCCUCUCUCUGUGUAAUCUUAUGCUUCUAAUGUCAUGACUUGUACAUUAAUAUUCCCUUAGCUGAGAAAAUACUUCAUUUAUAAAUCCUCCAACCUAUUUUGGGAGGUUUU